AUGGCACAAGGCUUCAAGCCCCUCAAAGCUAACCCUGCCGCUAGCAAGGGAAAGGGCAAGUCGACAGCGCAGACCAAGAAGGCCAACCAGCCCAAAAAGGGUGCCCGCGUCACCCCGCCCAAGAAGCUCUCUGCCCAGACUCUUGCUGCAAAGAAGAAGCGUCAGACCGCCUCUGUAUCAGGCACUGUUGAAGACGAGAUGAUCGCACGAGCGGCUGGCGGCGGCCCGUUGAAGUUGUUGAAGGGAAAAGCGAAGCCAGAUGAGGAGGAGAAGAAGAAGAAGUAG